CCGGGUCAAUCAGAAAGAAGAAGAAGAAGAGAGUAAUUGUUGAGGUUUGGGGAUCGCGAAAAUGGAGGUUCCAGGUUCAUCGAAGAAGAUGAUCGCAACGCAAGAAGAGAUGUCUGCAGCUAAAAUACCACUUGGUUCUAGAGAUCAGUGCGCUCAUCUCUUGAUUCCUCUCAACAAAUGUCGUCAGGCUGAGUUUUUCCUUCCAUGGAAAUGUGAAGACGAGCGUCACGUUUACGAGAAGUGUGAAUAUGAGCUUGUUAUGGAGAGAAUGCUUGCGAUGAAGAAGAUCCGUGAAGAAGAAGCUUUGGCUAAACAGAAUAAACUACAAGGGAACGCCGCUGUUCCUCUUAUCCCUAAAACUGCUAAUGCUUAGGGAUUCGAUUCGAAUCCUUCUCCAAUUUGCCGAUUCCAGAUUCCGGGAUUCUCUGGAACUGUGAAGAAGGUGGGGGCUCUGCUUUUCAAUCUUUUUCUUCUUGCUAGUGAUGAAAAAUUGUUGCUACAUUUUCAGAUGUGAAUGUUCAAGAUUCUCUAUCUUUUUGUUUUUACUCUUGUUAACUUGGAAGUGUUUCCCAAAAAAAUAAGAUGCAAACUAAUAU